AUGAUUGGUAGAAGCUUACUGAGACGCUCGCUAUUUUCGAGUGCUAGCCAAUUGGCCGUGCGCCGCUUCUAUUCUUCGGAGCCUGUUAGAGCAGUCACGAAAGCUACGAACACUAACGGUAGACUGUUCGCAGGUGCAUUGGCAGGAUCUUUGGCAGGUGCUGCGCUAGUGACUCUUGGAUAUUCAGACAAAGAUGAUGACACAAGUUCGACCACUAGACUGGAUGAAAUCUUACCACCCAAGUAUUGUCAUGAUCCUAAAGUCUUUGACGACGCAGUGAUCAAGUUGAAGCACAUUGUGGGCAACAAUGAGGACAGUUUCACUGUUGCAAAAACCGACCUUGAUGCUCAUUCUGAUACGUAUUUCAAUUCUCACCACGCCACGGCCGAACAAAGGCCCCGCAUUGUACUAUUCCCUCACAAUACCGAAGAAGUUUCAGAAAUCAUGAAGGUGUGCCACGAGUACGAUAUCCCAGUUAUCCCCUUUUCGGGUGGUACUUCAUUGGAAGGCCAUUUCCUACCUACUCGUGUUGGCUGUACUGUGAUGAUCGACCUAUCCAAGUUCAUGAACAAAAUUAUCAAACUGAAUAAAGAGGAUUUGGACGUUGAAGUUCAGGCCGGUGUACCUUGGGAAGACUUGAACGAAUUUUUGAACGACCAACAACUGAUGUUUGGUUGUGACCCUGGUCCAGGUGCGCAGAUCGGUGGGUGCAUUGCAAACUCAUGCUCGGGCACCAACGCCUACAGGUAUGGGACUAUGAAGGAAAAUGUUGUAAAUAUUACUGCUGUGUUGGCAGACGGUACGGUUAUCAAAACUAGAAAGAGACCAAGAAAGUCUUCGGCCGGUUAUAAUUUGAACGGGUUGCUAAUUGGUUCGGAAGGAACAAUUGCAGUCGUCACGGAGGCUACCAUCAAGUGUCAUGUCAUGCCCAAGAAGCAAACCAUUGCUGUUGUAUCUUUCCCCACUGUAGGAGACGCCGCCGCUUGCACAUCCCGUAUCAUUCAGGAGGGUAUUCAAUUGGACGCCAUGGAACUGCUAGAUGAUAAUAUGAUGAAAAUUAUUAACAAGAGCGGUGCUACCUACAAGACUGACUGGGUCGAGGCCCCUACGCUGUUCUUCAAGAUUGGUGGGAGAAACGACAACAUUAUCAAGGAACUUGUGGGAGAAGUCAACCGCAUUGCUGAGGCUCAUAAGUGCCACAAGUUCGAAUUUGCCAAAACUGACGAUGAAAAGCUAGAGUUGUGGGAAGCACGUAAGGUCGCACUUUGGUCUGUAAUCAAUGCUGGCAAAGAAGCCAACAAGGACGCCAACGUGUGGACCACAGAUGUGGCUGUUCCAUUGUCUAAGUUUUCGCAGGUUAUUGAAAACACCAAGGAGGAGAUGCAAAAAUCUGGGCUCAUCAGCGCAAUUGUUGGCCACGCGGGUGACGGUAACUUCCACGCCUUCAUUGUGUACACUGAGAAGGAACGUAGCAUUGCAGACACACUGGUGCGCAACAUGGUAAAGCGUGCUAUUGACGCAGAAGGUACCUGUACCGGUGAACACGGUGUGGGCAUUGGCAAACGGGAGUUUCUGUUGGAAGAGCUCGGCCAAGCCCCAGUCGACUUCAUGCGCCAGUUGAAGCUGGCUGCGGACCCCAAGCGCAUUCUCAACCCGGAUAAGAUCUUCAAGAUCGAUCCCAACGACCAUGAGCACUAA